AUGUCGAGCCUAUCUCACGACUCUCGGUUUCGACUAGCUCGGGGCAUUACAUAUGGUGUCAUUAGCGGAGAUCUCUCUGCUCAUGCCCUUUUGUUCGCCAAGUCCUCUGUGGAGCUAGUUAUCAAGACUGUUGCAGGACGUAAUCAGUUUGUGCACUGGCAAUCAUGGGCAAUUGUUAUGGCGCUCAUUACUUUGGCUCUUUGUCAGCUCUACUACUUACACCGUGGUCUCAAAUUGGUUUCGACCUCCGUUCUUUAUCCUUUGGUUUUCUGUGUUUACAACAUCAUUGCCAUUUUGGACGGCUUGAUAUACUUUAACCAGACGAGCCUCAUAUCGCCCCUCAGGGCAUGCCUUAUUGCUUUGGGAACAGUUAUUCUGCUGUCUGGCGUUUUGGCGUUAUCAUGGCGAUUGAGCGAUGAGCAGCACACUCCCGGUGUGGGCCAAUCAUCUCUUGCGCCAGGCCUUGGCCUUGUUGAAGACACAGAGGAGGAGGAAUCUCUCCUCGGUUCAGAUAAUGCCGUCGCUGACCAAGAUUCUACUCGACACACAUAUCAGACAUUCCCUCCUACGGUCGAUGAGACGUCAUUGGUUCCUUCUCGUAAGAGGACCCCACGGUGGGCUGAGCGAGCAGAGAUCUGGGGCGAGUUGGAGGAUAGAGAUGAGCCCACCACACCUGGUAACAGGCGGCGGUCUAGUACCCUGCCCCAUCAUACAGAAUCAUCACCCUUACUUCCGACAAAGAGGUCACUCACAAGUGGCCCGACCGGAGAAGAGUCGGGCCCCAGCACUGAAUCUACCCCCCGAAGACUGACCCGAAGACGGCGGAAGAGCACGGGCUUCCCUGGUCUUGUCGCGCGUAGGCACCAGAGAAAUAGGAGCUCCACGGAGACGGGCACGCUCAAUAAUAUUCUAUCGCUUAGCUGGUUCAGAAGCGCAAGUCGACAGGUGUCGCAAGCUAGUACCAGCGACGGCUUCCCCUGGGGAAGCACACCACAACAGGAGGGCUCCGAGGCAAGAGGCGACGCAGCUGUAUGA